AUGGCAUCCAACGACACUUGCCAAGUUUCCUUCAAGACCCUCCACCCCACUAUUGGCGCAGAGUGCCAUGGAAUCGAUUUCUCCAGGCCUCUACCUGAAGAUGAGAUCCAGAUCAUCCGCGAUGGCAUGGCCAAGUAUGGUGUUCUCGUGUUCCGUGGAGCCCAGCUAGACGAUGCACGUCAUGUCGCAUUCGCCCGCCAACUUGGCGAGCUCGACUCGUCCACCGUCUUUGUUGCGCCUGGCAAGAAAUACCGACUCGAUCCCUUCGUCGAGCUCACAGAUGUAUCCAACAUCGAAGACGACGGCUCGAUUCUUCAGAAAGACAGCUUGAAGUAUCAGCUUGGUCAGGGAAACAAUCUUUUCCACGUUGAUUGCUCUUACAAUAACCGCCGAGUGGGACUUUCCAUUCUCCGCGCUCACCAAUUGCCUCCUAAGGGAACUGGUGGUGGUACCGCAUUUGCCGAUACCAGGACUGCAUAUGAUGAUCUCGAUGCGGAGACGAAGGAUAAGAUCAAGGAUUAUGUCCUUUGGCAUUCUAUCUGGCAUAGUCGUCGCCUCGCGGCACCAGACUGUGAUUUCCUAAAGUAUAUGCCUGCGGAGAAGAACUCGAUGGCUCGCCACAAGCUUGUGCAGCUGCACGAGGCUAGUGGGAGAAUGAAUUUGUACAUUGCUGCUCAUGGACACCACUUCGACGGAUGGACGAAGGAAGAUAGCCAGCCAGUUAUCCAGGCUUUGCUUGACCAUGCUACCCAGGAUAAGUACACUUUCACAAUUGAGUGGGAGAAUGAUGGCGAUAUUGUCAUUUGGGACAACACCUGCGUUAUGCACAAAGCGGCUGGAGGCUCUUUCGCUGGCAAGUAUGUCCGUGAUAUGAGACGUGCAACCCUUCUUGACUCCUCAUCCACUGCCUGGGGCUUGAACCCACAGAAGGAAGAAUCGAAAGAAGACCUCAUGUCGGACUUUGUUAAGGGAUACAUAAGUGCAAAGAAGGCUGCGGCGAUUGCCGCCGCGACGGCCGCGGCUACUCAGAACGUAGUCCCCGAGAAGAAGGAGGCUAUUGCUGCUUAG